GGCUGACAAAUUAGGCAACAAUUGAUUGUGACGCGCGUCCUGUCCUCCGACUACGCGUCCUUAAGCUCAACUUAAGCUUCAUUCUAACUACCACAAGUACAACAUGGAGACAUCGUUUGCAUUAACUGGAAAGGGCUACGUGAUUGUAGCUGCUGACACUACUGCUGCCCGAUCCAUUGUCAAGAUGAAGGUUGACCAAGACAAAAUCAAGGAGCUCAGUCCUCAUCUUCUGAUGGCAUACUCGGGUGAACCAGGUGAUACUGUCCAGUUCGCCGAAUACGUCGAGCGCAACAUUCGCCUGUACCAAAUCCGUAAUCUGUAUCCUCUUCGCCCAGCCGCAGCCGCAUCCUGGAUCCGCCGUUCACUAGCAGAAUCUCUGAGAUCACGAAGCCCGUACUCAGUCAACUUGCUACUAGGCGGAUAUGACACGUCAUCGCACACACCGAACCUGUAUUGGAUUGAUUACAUGGGGACAGUGGUAGAGGUGCCAUUUGCUGCGCAUGGGUAUGGUAGCUACUUCGCUCUGAGUUUACUUGACCGGUCGUUGUCGUUUAGGUAUCACGAUCCAGAAGCAUCCCUAGAAGAGGGUCUUGCUGCCCUAAAACGCUGCAUCGAUGAAGUGUCGAAGCGUCUAGUGAUUGACCCAGGCAAAUACAAGGUUAAAGUAGUAGACAAAGAUGGUGUUCGAGAAGCCGAGAUAUAAUACUCCCAGGCAAUGUGCAAUGCAAUGUACUAUCGCCUU